CACACCCACAUCGCCUCUCAACUCCCACGCUUUCUCUCGAUCUCGAAGCGCAGCAGCGGCAACCGGCGGCCAUGGACGUGAGCGGUGCCGGAGCGGGCGGGAAGGCGAAGAAGGGCGCGGCGGGGCGCAAGGCUGGCGGGCCGAGGAAGAAGUCGGUGUCGCGUUCCGUCAAGGCCGGGCUGCAGUUCCCCGUCGGCCGUAUCGGGCGGUACCUCAAGAAGGGCCGGUACGCGCAGCGCGUCGGCACGGGCGCCCCCGUCUACCUCGCCGCCGUCCUCGAGUACCUCGCCGCCGAGGUGCUGGAGCUCGCCGGCAACGCGGCCAGGGACAACAAGAAGACGCGCAUCAUCCCGCGCCACGUGCUCCUGGCCAUCCGCAACGACGAGGAGCUCGGCAAGUUGCUGGCCGGCGUCACCAUCGCCCACGGCGGCGUCCUCCCCAACAUUCACAGCGUGCUUCUCCCCAAGAAGGUGGCCGAGAAGGCGGCCAAGGAGCCCAAGUCGCCCAAGAAGGCCGCCAAGUCCCCCAAGAAGGCAUAGAGUGCUCUCCAGUCUCCUCUCUUAAGAGGGAGGUCCCUACAUUACCAUUAGCGCCGUGCUGGUAGAUUAGAUCAUGUUUAGUGUUACUACCUCUGUAACGUUCUUGUUCUUGCUGCUAAUUGGAAUGGUUUAUCUAGUACUAGUACAUCUGUGCAUUUUCGUUGGUUGGAACUAGAUUUCAAAAACAAAAGUUUGCGACGGGAAUCUUGUUUUACAGAGGUAGAGAUUGUCAAUACAGUUUGGAUUACUGUUGAACCA